AAUAAAAUAAAUGAUCUUCAACAUUCGAAAGAAAAAAGAACGAGAAAGAAAAAGAAGAAAAGGAAUUACCUGUUCAUGCUAAGGCUACUUAAUUUUCUGUCUGACGGAUUAUCAGCUGCUGGAGUAUCGCACAUAGCAAGAGCAAGAUCAGGAUGGAGGCGAUUAUUCUGGACAGCGGUUAUCACCACAUUCGCCGUACUGACCCUCAUGACGACGAUCAGAGUGAUAAAGGAAUAUUUCAAGUAUCCUAAAGCCUGGCAAACAAAGAGCACGUCUGCGAAAGAGCUGGAAUUUCCCGCAGUGACUGUUUGUGGUCGUUACCUAAUUCCGAGAAUGAAUGCCAAAGAGGCAAAAUUAGAAUAUAUGAAUGAUUUGUAUAAAUUCCUUCAUUCAAUUCCUAGUUACAACGUAUCACUGAGCUCGAAAACCCGAUGCGAAGAAGAUCCCCUCUGCUCAUAUAAUCAGCUCAUAGAGAGAUGUAGGUGUUAUCAGAAUCCAUGCGGUACAACUCUGUGCCAUCCGUUUCAAAAUAAUGUCUCAUGCAAUUGCUCUAAACGACUCUGUGACUGGAAGGACACGCUGAGUCCCGAAGCGUGCCAGCUUAAGAAUGGCAAUCCUAAAAUUUGCUCUUGUCGCCAAGAUUUCGAAUAUCCACUCUACAAUCCAAAUGCCUCUCGUGCACCCCUGGACGUAUCUAUUCUUGGCAAUGUAUCAAAACAGGUGCUGGAUGUGAUCAGACAAAUAAGACUUUCGAAAAGCGGUGAUAUUAAUACUCAGGAUUCUAUAUUUUUGCCUGGAGUGAGAACUUUAGAUGAUUAUGGUACAUCUUAUGAUGCUCUAGUCGUUUCUUGCAAUUUUCAAGGACUUAAGUGCAACGUUCUAGAGGAUUUUACAACACUGUACAGCGCAACCUAUGGAAAAUGUUACACAUUUAACUACGUUGGUGUUGUAGAAGCGAAACUCUCGAAAACACCGAGAAUAGUGAAAUCCCCUGGACGAAAUUAUGGUCUUCAUUUGUAUCUGCAGUCGGAGCGGAAAAACAUGCUUCCCUUGUUUGCUCGAAAGCUCGGCGCUCGUGUUGUAAUUCACGACCCGCGGAGUCUGCCCAUCUCAAGAGAGGGAGGUUUCGACGUUCGACACGGAGACACCACCUCACUGAGCAUCCGCUAUUCCGAAACCAACCGACUCGGACCUCCCUGGGGACUUUGUGCGAAAGAUGGUGACAACACAACUUCCAGUUAUCUGCAGAUACCUUAUAAUCAAAUCGCAUGUGAGCGGCAAUGCCUGAAUACGGCCGUUUUUCGGCGGUGUGAAUGCUACCACCGUCGUUUUAUGACUGGCACUCCAAGGCCAACAGGGGAAAGAUUGUGUACUCCUGAAAAAGAUCGCUGCUUUGAAACUGUCCUUCAGGAUAUAAACGAAGAAAAAAUCGAAUGCAAUUGCCCGGUGCCUUGCAAGGAGAUAAAGUAUAAAAUAACGAUAUCCAGAUCAAAAUUGAACAAAGAAUUUAUUCGCCUUGUGAAGAAGGCAAAAUCCAUGAAGGUCAUUCAAGGUGUUUUGUCUACUGUAGAGCCAGAAUUCAAGCUUGAUUUGCUGGGUGUUAGCGUGUUUUACCAAGAUCUCUCUGUUACCAACGUCAGUGAAACAUCCAUUUACAGUUUUGAAUUUCUCAUUGCCAAUAUCGGAGGAAGUUUAGGACUCUUCCUUGGCGCUUCUUUUAUCACCUUUGUCGAGAUUGUGGAAUUCCUCGCCGAAUUUGUUUUCUUGAGCCCUUGUUGGUGA